AUGGCUAAUUAUAAUACAAAAAAUACAAAAAUAACUUCUUCUGAUGGACAACAACAAAGAAAAGCAGAACUUGAAAGACGCCGUUCAAUUCGAACAAUUAUUGCUAGUUAUGAGGCUGAAGAAGAAGCAUUUUUAAAAGAAUUGGAGAAAAUGCAAGCAGAAUGUGAAGAAGAAAAUUUAACUAAAUUAAAUAAUCUAACAUUAAAUUCCUCUAAUGAAAAACAAAAAUUAAUAGAAAAUGAGGAACAACAACCAGCGAUAAUGCUCGGUUUUGUUUUUGAAAUUAUUAAAAAAAAUAUUGGGUAUUUUUCUGUUAUGCCCGCAAAUUCUUGGCUGUCUUUCAAUUUUUAUAUCUUCCGUUUUGUUCGUCGAUCUAAGCAGAAUUGUAUCUCACUAUCUAUGGUCGGAAAUGCCUGCGGAUCGAAAUACAGGCAACCGAAAAUUUAA